AUGAGAACUGCCACCACCCGCGCCAUCUCCUCCUGGGCAACGACUCUGGCGACGGUUUUGGCCGCCACCAGCGCCAGCAACUUCGUGGCCUUGGCGCGGCAGAUUCAGUUCAUGGAUCUCACCACAGAGAUUCAGGGCACCCCCGACGUCUACAACCAGUUCUCCCAGCACCUCAAAGCCUUCAACUUCGACUUCACGCAAUACCUGCCAGACAUGGGCCUUCCUAGCUUCGAGGAUGUGCAGGAGUACCGCGGCAAGGUGAUCGAGCAGCUUCAGGACUCCAUGCACCUGGGCCAGAUGAAGACUGCAGGUACACUGGUGCUGCAGUACUGCUACGCCUUGACGGCGGACCCCAACGGCCAGGGCCGACUGGCGGCCAACGCCAUCUUGGCAGAGCACCCAAAGGGCACCGCCGAUCUGAUCGCCAGUCUGAAAGAGAUGCAGGGCUCCGUCUUCAGUGACACCAAGAAGGCUCAGGUCCUCGAUGACGCGGCCGUGGCCGUGGAGCAGAAAGCAGGCAACAUCAGCCGCCUGCUGCGGGGUGUCAAGCACUACCCAGGAGAUGUGUCUGGGGAUCCCAAGUCCAUCCGACGCCUAGAGGAAGAUGUCAUGGCGCGUCGCUUGGGCGACGAGGACAGCGCCCUGCUGGUGGUGGAAUGGACGGAUAAGCAGUGGGAGAAAUUCAUCAAGGAUGCGAUCAAGAAGAAUGUCUCGAAGGACGCCUUUCAGACAGCCUUCGAGCUGGUCCCCUGCGACACCUCACCCAUGAGAGAGGUGGUUCCCUUCCUGUACUUGAUGCACGAGAUGGAGCUGAUAAGGCGCAUGAUGCACAGCUACACCGGGACCUUCUUGCUGAUGUUCCUCUUCGUCACCCUCUUGGGCGGAAGUUACAUCGCGUACUACCAGACGGUCAUGAAGUCCAGUCAGCGGAGGUUGCGGAUGCUUGAGCCGGGCUUUCUGUCCAUCUUCGUGUUGGACAUGGGCCUGAUCGGCUUCACCCGAUCUGCUGCGAAGAUGCUCACCCAGAACUGCCUAGUGACCUUCUUCUUCUGGAAGCCGGAGAGGUUUCAGAUCCAGAUCUUUGUCGCGGUGGGCAUCCUCAUGUACCCAGUCCUCUUCGUGCUGGUGACCUGCUGGAUGAUCUGGGACGUGACCAUCAAGGACGCGGGGCGAUCUGCGGACGAGACGGAUGAGGUGGAGAUUCACGGGGACGACCUCCACACCAAGAUGGUCUUCAACGAGGACAUAGAACAGUGGAUCGACCCCGCGGCUAAGGAGAUCAAGGUCACAUUGGAGCCCCCGAUUCCCAGCUGGGUGCUGGUGGCCAGUGAUGCGCUGACGAGCCACGUGCGCUCGUGCAUCCCGGUGCUCACGGAGAAGGGCGAGGCGAUUAGCUUCAAGCAUGAGCAUCAGGAGAAGGUGAAGGAAGCUCAGCACCUGAACCGCGCCAACCUGGAAGAGGAGGCGGACCAGUUGGAGGAGAAGCUGAACGCCUCCCAGCGGGCGACCGUGACCAAAAGGGCCGCAGCCAUGCGAGAGGAGCGCGCCAAGAAGAUCCAUGCGGAGAAGGUCGCCUUGGGGAAUUCCUUCCGGGGAAUUUAUGGCACGUUUGGUCAGAUGUAUCGUUAA